AUUUGUCGGGCCAACAUUUCUGUACUAGCUGGGUUGAUACCAAUAAUAAAGCUUUAACUAUUAAAACGUGUUUUAAUCUCAAGGUAUUGGCAAUUAGCUGGUGUCCUUUUUUUGCUGAUUUUAAAGAAAAACAACAUACUACAAUCAUUAUUUAA